AUGCACGACAUCGAAACUGACGCUGAAGCAGACUUGAUGGUCAAGUUCCCCUUUGGACCCUUUUCGAACGGCUCGCUCUUCAUGUGCCACUCCCUAACUACAGGGCACACGACAUGCAUUAUUUCCGCCACGCGGGCGCAGAUCCUAGCCAACCGAUUCCUUGACGUGUUCACCCACUCUCGCUCAUCUAGCCCUUACGCCUUCAUUCCCGCGGCCCUCCUGCUCGAACAUUUGCGGACUGCAAAUGACAACGACCGCAACGACAUCGACCAAUGCGUCUGCCGAAUCGAGAACCGGUCCGGCGUCUCCCUGCACAAUUUUGGGUCGAGGACCAGAGCCAAGAUAGGCGAGUACGCGCUCUUGCAGAGAGAGCUGCACAUGCAGGACGCCCUGAUCGUCAUGGCGGAGCAUUGCUUUUCGUUCCACGCGAAGUGCGCGGCCUUUGUAGUCGCCGAGGAGCUGUCUUUUGCAGAUUUGUUACCCGCGAGGCAAGUCAACAACGACAGAGGCCCAACCGGGCAACAACAGGCAGACUACGUCCGCGCGAGUCUCGCACUCAACGCAAGCAUGUCGUCGUGGACGCUGGAGCAGCUGCGCGCCUUGGAGAAGAGGCUGAAAGUGCAGCUUCGGGUCAUCGAUUCCACAAUCUCGACGACCGACGCACUCACGAUGAUCCGACUCGCCCGCGCGUCCCGCUCCGACAGCAACACCAUGAAAGCCAUCACCGUCCUCACCAUGGUGUUCCUCCCCGCGACGUUCGUCUGUUCGCUGUUCAGCAUGGGAUUUUUCGACUUCGCCGGCGCCACGGACGCAGGCCUCGAGGGCACGCACCGCCGCACGAUGCGCGUCGCGGGGACAUUUUGGAUCUACUUCGCCGUGGCUGUCCCCUUGACGAUCCUCGUGCUCGGCAUCUGCGCGGCAUGGCUGCAGUGGAGCGCACGGCAGGAGGAUGAUAGUGGGGACAAGCCGGGGAGCGUGGAGGCGAAAGGGGGUCGAUAA